GACUUGACAGAGUCUACAAAUUGGGGGAAACCCCAUUUUGAAAUCAAUGGAACAUCAGUAAUAGAGGAGGGACUUGGGUAUUUCCUGUUGAAGGUGAUGGCAAUGUCUUCCCUGAUUAGGUAAACAACAUGGGGGCUCAUUCGAGUAUAAAAGAGGCAGCAAGAUGCAGGAUAAUUAUCACACUCUCACCAACCCCCACUAAGAAGCAUUCAAAUGGCGAAGUUCGGUUUAUUGUUCCAGUUUUUGCUGGUUGCCUGUUGCAUAAGUCUGGUGGUCGUCAGUGCCAUGCCAUCGCCCAAAAAGAAGAAGGAAGACAGUGCCGAGCUAAAUGCCAGUUGCGAAGGAAAGCAAUGCGCCGAGCAGGACGAUGAACCAGAAUCCCGCAGCCCGUCGUCGAGUUCGACAAAGACAGACAGCACAAAACCAGGCUCAGUAACAUCUUCCGCUAAAAAUCCAACCGGCUCGGUAGAUCCAAAAGAAACAUCCGCCAAAGGAAAGCCAGCAGCAGGAUCGGUGGGAACUCCAGCAGCAGGAUCGGCGGGAACUCCAGCAGUCGCACCAGCAUCCGCAACCAAACCGACAGCAGAGUCGAAAGGUAUCACGACUGCUGACAGUAAACCAGCAACUACCGCUGCUGUCGACCCGAAAUUGGCAGAGAAAAAGGUUACACCAGUCGCACCAGUCGCAGCAACAGUAGAAAAAGCUGCCAAGAGCGAAUCGAUCGCAGCAAUUGUAGCUGUCAAAAGCGAACCAGUCGCAGUAACAGCGGUCAAAGCUGCUAAAAGUGAACCGAUCGUAGCAGUAGUAGCAGCAGUACCAACAGCAACCGUCAGUGAGCCGGCCAAAAAAGAUACAGCUGCCGUAGUCGUCUGAUUACACCCAUUUUAUACCCAUUCUCAUUUCCGUUUUCAACUUCCGUUGGCGCACCCCUAUGCUGGACACUAUUUUGAAUAAUAGAAACGGCAAUCGGGGAAAGAAGUGUGAGGGAAAUGAUGAUGUGAAUUUCCAUGUCUGUGCGUUCUCGUUUCAUUGUCGUUCCUCUAAAAUUGAAAAUACAAAAAAUCAAAAUG